AUGAGUACUAUUAGAGGAAAAGCUGUUGUGAAUCCUUCACAAAAUAUUGACAAAGAAAAAGCUACUUGGGAUCCAAAAGCAAAUGAAGCUUUUAUUGAAGCAUGUUUGGAGCAAAUUACUAAAGGGGAACACCUUGGUUCUAGCUUUACUAAGGUAAGGUGGAAAGGAUGGGACAAUAUCAGGAACACUGUUAAUGCACCAAAUGAAUGGUGGGAGACCAAACAACUGGAAAAUCCUUUGUAUGGAAAAUUUAGGUACAAGGGACAUCCAUUUGCUCAUCAACUAACUAUACUUUUUAAGAAUGUAGUGGCUACCAGAGAUUUUAUGUGGGCACCAUCAUCAAGGAUAUUGCCAAGUACAUUUGGUGGUGAUGUUAAUGAUGUGUAUCGCCCGUGCCUUGAUGGUAUUAACAUAAAUAUGGAAGAAGGAUCAGGAGACAGUGAUGAUGUUAGUGUAGGAGCAACAAAUGAAUUUGGAGACAUUAAUAUAAAUGCUUCACAAGGAACUGGUAGUCAAGCAAUUGGUAGCCAAAAGAGUGGAGAGAAGCACAAGCGAAUUGAUCGUACUGAGAAGAUUGGUAAAAAGAAAUUAAAUGCCUCAUUGAAGAUAGCUGAGGUAGUUAGUGACAUUGCAAAAACAUGUAGGUCAUGUAUAGAAGAUGUAUCUAGUGCAUCUAUUAAUGAAGUGGUGAAAGAACUUAAGACCUUACCUGAAGUUGCAAAUGACACUGAGUUACAUACCAAAUGUUGUAACUUGAUGUUAUUUAAGCCAGCAAGGGAGAUGUUCAUUGCUUUGCAAGGUGAAGAUGAGAAAAGGUUACAUUGGCUUAAAGAUCUUGAAAGCAAUGAAGACAAUGACAUUUUGGAAGAGGCUUCUUAUGUGGCUGCAUUGGUUGGUGGUCAUCUUGUGUACAAAUUGCUGAGUUUUAAAAUGGCUAGUUCGUCAUCUUCUCAUCAUUAUGACGUGGCAUCUGGACCAUUAGAGGAUGAUUUAUUGUGGAUGCAAAAAAAUCAUGUAUCCCAACAUAUUUGGAAUGGUGCUAAUGAUAGGACAUUAAAAAUUCGACGAGCCACACCACUAUACAAUCAUAGAGAAGCACCGCCCGAAGAAAUUAUUCCUCUAUUACAAAUUUCGGGUUUGUACCCGAUAAUGAAAUUGGCGCAGCUCAAAGUGAAUGGAGCAUUGGUGAAUGCUUUUAUUGAAAGGUGGAGGCCAGAAACGCAUACAUUUCAUUUGAAGUGUGGAGAGGCAACUAUUACACUUCAAGAUGUUUCUGUGCUACUUGGUAUUCCUGUGGAUGGAAGACCAUUAAUUGGAAAUACAAAUAUUGAUGGGUUUGAAUUGUUUCAUGAAUUAUUGGGUGUCAUGCCUGACGAUGCUGCAAUUGAUGGGAACUCAAUUAAAUUGAGUUGGUUGUCUUCUCAUUUUGCAAAUAUUCAUGAUUUUACAGGCAACCAAGAAGGCCUUGAAAGAUUUGCUCGUGCUUGGAUCUUACGAUUCAUAGGUGGGGUAAUGUUUGUUGACAAAAGCAGCAAACGGGUGCAUUUGAAAUAUUUGCAGUUUCUGAGAGACCUUAGAGAGUGCAGUAGUUAUGCAUGGGGAGCUGCUGUUUUGGGUAACCUUUAUAGAGAGAUGUGCAUCGCAACAGACUAUAAUGCUAAAUCAAUAGGCGGUUUCACUCUCUUGAUUCAAUUAUGGGCAUGGGAACGAUGCCCAACAUUAGCCCCCUCAGUUAUUCCUCCACAACAACAAAACGCGCCACUUGGUUACAGAUGGUUGGGAGGUGAAUUGCAUCACAUAGGCAAUGACAAUUUAAUUGAGUUUCGUCGUAAAUUAGAUGUCAUGAAACGCGACGAGGUAACAAUUUUGAUGUUUGUUUAUUAAAUGAUGUUGUAUUUCUUAAUUAAUUUAUUAAAUUUAACUUUUAUAUGCAGUUUGUAUGGGUCCCUUAUGCUGGACAUGUGGAAAUGAACUUGAGUCAAGUUUGUUUUUUUGGGUCUGUAUUAUGGACAUGUAUCAUACCACUUAUUUGUUUUCAAAAAGUGGAAUGGCACCAGCCAGAUAGAGUCAUGAGACAAUUUGGAAUGCAACAACCUAUUCCGGGACCAGUAAUGCAACCCAACAACAUACAUGACUUGACAUUAAAGGGAAAGGAAGGAAAAAAUUGGAUGCGACUAAUGCAACCCGCGCUUAAUGAAUGGAAUAGUCGCUAUGAAAGGAGAGUAGAGCAGACGCCGCCACAAACAGGGACCCUCGGUCUGAACUCUGAAUAUAUGAGGUGGUACAGGCGUAAAACAAAAGUGUAUGUGGACCCAAAACAUGCAAGAAGAGGACUAUUGGUAUACAUUGUCCAUUAUAAUUUAGAAAAGAAUGUUGCGCUUAUUUAAGAUUAUUUUAAUAACUAUUCAUUUAUUUUCUAUGCAGGGUGAAAUCGCCGAAACACUACAUUUUAUGGUGUCGCCUGUUGGGAGAAGGGUUUCUACUUUUGACGAUUUACUGCCAUGUAUCGAGAAGAUCACUCUUUUGUCUGAGGAAGAGGAUAGGAUACUUGAGGCACAUGAAGAUGCUCCCCCUUCUCAGCCACAAUUUGAACAUCAACAGUUUAAUAUACUACGGCAAAGUGUGGAGACUCGAGGCUUAGCGCGACGUCGGGAAACUGUUGAUGCAGCAACAUAUAGUUUGCCUCCGAUGCCAGAACGACAACAUGGAAUGUAUUACACACCGCCGGCAUUCACCCAAGAACCGUCUCAGAUGCCGCCGAUGUAUUCAUACCCACAUGAUUUUCAACCAGGGUAUAGUUUUGCAGGCAUAUUUGGGUCCUCUCCUUCUUCAACGGAAACUCCUUCAUUUACCCAAAGUGGUCAAGUAUCGACCCCAAAUGCCCCACUUGCUGGUCCGUGGAAUGUAC